GUGUGCAGUAAGCGUUUCGGCGGACCCAGGUGGAGAGAGUAUCAAAGGCUCAGGGCCUUGAAAAAGUUCAUUCGGAUAUGGUGCACAUUCCAUAUUGUCUUUAGUUGGUUGCAGUACUCGCUCGGCCAGGGGCAACCCUUCCCCAAUGUGAAGUUGUUGAUGCAGAAUUCAAAAAAGAAGGCACGACUACUAGCAGCAGGUAUUAGCCAGCCAACUAGGCGUUCCCUUCCGAGAUCGUCCCUUGCAAUUCACAUCACCACCUUGAUUCCUGCAUGAACAACAAUUCAAUAUGAAGCUCCCCAUUUCACUUCUUCCCUUCAUAAACCGGAAUUUAUCAUUAUCAGCCCCCCAGUCCCCCAAACACGAAGUCAUCGAAUUCCCGGAGAAUCUCGCCCUGAACGAAUCCCUCGACUCACUAUCCUGGUUCCGCAAAUACCACGACUACCAAGCCCAUGUGGACUAUCUGCACCGCCUCUCGGAGGAAUACCCUCCUUUGACGCGACUGUUCAGUGCCGGCAAGUCCUUUGAAAAGAGGAACAUCUCAGGCAUCCACCUCUUCGGAAAGUCUGGACCAGGCAAGAAGCCCGCCAUUGUCUUCCUCGGCACCAUCCACGCGCGGGAGUGGAUCACCGGCAUGGUCACCGAGUACAUCGCAUACAGCCUGCUCCGGAACUACGACGUGGACAAGGAUAUCAAGUACGCGCUGAACAGUUUCGACUUCUACAUUGUCCCCGUGGCCAAUCCCGACGGCUUCGUGUACACUCAGAACAGAAACCGCAUGUGGCGCAAGAACCGCCAGCCCGAGCCCGGCACGUCCUGCAUCGGCCGUGACCUCAACCGCAACUGGGACGUGCACUGGGACAACAACAACAACAACAGGCACGACCGCAAGGCCGGCGGCGGCGCCUCGACAUCGCCCUGCCACGGCACCUACCGCGGCACGAAGGCGUUCGACGCGCCCGAGACCAUGGCGCUCGCCACCGAGCUGCAGACCAUCAAGGAGCGGCAGGGCGUCCGGCUGUUUAUUGACUGGCAUUCGUUUGGACAGUUGGUUAUGCAUCCAUACGGAUACCCCUGCACGAAACACCUCCCGCCCUUCUCCGCAACCUCCUGGCUCGCCGGCGAGCUCGCCGACGCCAUGCGCAAAGUGCACGGCACGCAGUACCGGGCCGGUGCGGCGUGUGAGCUGCUGUAUCCGACCUCCGGGGACAGCGCGGACUACGCGUUCGAGGUGCUCGGCGCCGAGUACGCGUAUACCGUCGAGCUGCGGCCCGGGCUGGGCAACGGUGGCGUGCGGGAGGGAGGGUUCCGGCUGCCGGAGGACCAGAUUCUGGGGACGGCUGAGGAGGCUUGGAUGGGGGUUAGGCAUGUUGUGCAGUUUAUUCAUCACUAUUGA